CGCGCAAAACUCGACCCCAAGUUCGUGCCCCGACCUUCUAUCCGCCCAAGAUUCAGUACCGGUCCAUUAAAACCAGGCCUUUUCGUCAGAAUUCCAUGUGGGUCUUCCUCGUCCGCAAGAUCAAGAACCUCUUCGAGAGCCGCCAUUGACGACCUCCGCGUGGCAGCGACGGAGAUGGACAGUUUCUACGACCUUUUGGGCAUUUCGGAGAGCGGGACGAUGUCGGAGAUCAGGCAAGCUUACAAGCAACUGGUCCUGAAAUACCACCCUGACGUGUCGCCUCCUGACAGGGCCAAAGAGUAUACCAAGAGAUUCAUUCGGGUGCAGGAGGCCUACGAGACGUUGUCUGAUCCGACAAGCAGAGCUUCUUACGAUCGAGAUAUGGCCACUGGUGGUCGGAAACCAUUCUGUUAUAAGCAGGUACAACAUGGCACGGUGGAGUGGAAGCUUCGGUGGGAGUUUCAAAUCAAUGAGCUACAAAGGAGAAGCGCCGAAAAGAUCUCCGCCAUGAGAGCAUGUCCUGGGGGCUCGAAUUCGCAGGCGAAGAGAUAG